GAUGCCGUUUUCCGUUACCACCAUCCUGUCUCGACGUCGAUGCAACACUCCACCUCACAGCUGGCGGAGACCAUUCUCUUCCUCACUAUGUCUCAACAAAGACCACUACAAGACUCUCGGAGUAAAUCCUACAGCUAGUAAAGCACAAAUUAAGUCGCAUUUCUACCAGCUGAGCAAGAACCACCAUCCAGACGUAUCGAAAGACCCGAAAUCCAAAGAGAUAUUCACCAAAGUGAGCGAGGCGUAUUCGGUCUUGAGUGAUGACCGAGAGAGGCGUGCAUACGACCGGAAGCUUGCAUCACCGACCGGCCGCCACACAUCCAGCUACUCUGGGCCCUCCUCGAGUGCAGCGUGGAAUGCCGAGUGGACGGAAAGGCGGAGGCCAGGAGCAACGUACGCGUGGAGGGGUGGCUUACGAACCAGUAGCCACGGUUCAAGAUCGAAAUAUCCAGGUGGGUCUCAGCAUUCGCCACCACCUCAUAAGGAGACAUCAAGUGGUAAUGGAAGCAGAAGUGGAGGACAUUACGACGGAUUUCGGUUCCACGACAGCUCUGCCUAUGGAGCACAUUUGAAUUCAGCACCCGAUCGUUCUGCUUACCGAAGACGUGCAGACGCAGCACACAUGGCGAGAGAGCAAGUCGAAGGUGUUUCGAGUACUUGGAGAGCUCUACAAGUCCUUCUUGCUCUUGGAUUGGUGUCUAUGAUUGUGGGCAGGACUACAGAUGAAGAAAGACACCGUCAAGCUUCGUACUCGUCACCGGCAGCACCCUCUAACUCUACGUCGUCGCCGCCGAACGAGAGGCAGUGAAAUGCCCUCCUGUAGUACCUUUGCUAGACGCCAGAUCGAAAUCCCUUUCCGAAGCAUUAAGGAUGCAGGAGGUCUCGAUGUACACUAGAUACACUGUGUUUAAUCGGAUUUAACUCUUCUGCUAGCUUUGCUUGUCUUUGCAGAAUCCAUUUCUUUCAACCACUAUCGCCUGGUCGCUUGCUGUGUUACGAGGUUACGAAUUCAAUGGAGAAAUGGCAGCAGCUUUUCUAAAUAUGAUUUAUUCUUGUCGAC